GUUUUAUAGUUUUAUUCCACCAAUCAGACCGGGGGUUAAAGUUGAACCCUCCCCUCCAAUAUGGCGGCAAGCAAACGAGUUUUAUAUAUUGGUGGGCUAGCAGAGGAAGUGGACGAGAAAGUGUUGCAUGCUGCUUUUAUCCCCUUUGGAGACAUCACAGAUAUCCAAAUACCAUUAGACUAUGAGACAGAAAAGCACAGGGGAUUUGCAUUUGUUGAGUUUGAGCUGGCAGAGGAUGCUGCUGCAGCUAUUGAUAACAUGAAUGAAUCUGAGCUUUUCGGUCGAACUGUCCGUGUCAAUAUCGCCAAGCCAAUGAGAAUCAAAGAAGGAUCCUCUCGACCAGUGUGGUCGGAUGACGACUGGCUGAAGAAGUUCUCAGGCAAGACUAUAGAAGAUGCUGAGGUGGAAGUGGCAGGAGAAGGGGUCAAAAGUGCUGCCCCAGAGGCUGAACCCCCUGCUAAAAAGGGCAGAAUUAAUCCGCAGGUCUACAUGGACAUCAAGAUUGGCAACAAACCUGCAGGGAGACUUCGCUUCCUCCUUCGGGCUGACAUUGUUCCCAUGACAGCGGAAAAUUUCCGCAGCUUAUGCACACAUGAAAAAGGAUUUGGUUACAAAGGAAGCAGCUUUCAUCGCAUCAUUCCCCAGUUCAUGUGCCAAGGAGGUGACUUCACCAACCACAACGGCACAGGUGGCAAGUCCAUAUAUGGCCGGAAGUUCGAUGAUGAAAACUUUGUGCUCAAACACACCGCUCCAGGGCAGCUCUCCAUGGCCAACUCUGGUACCAACACCAACGGCUCCCAGUUCUUCAUCACCACUGACAAAACAGACUGGCUGGAUGGCAAACAUGUGGUGUUCGGAGAGCUGGUGGAGGGGAUGGACGUGCUUCGGGCAAUGGAGGCUCAGGGAACAAAAGACGGCAAGGCAAAGCAGAAAGUCAUCAUCUCAGACUGUGGAGAAUGUGUGUAAAAGAAACCGAACUUCAUGCGCCUGUUUGACUUUGUGCGUGAUAGGUGCCGUCCUUUACACCUUAAGUCCAAAUAUUUUGCAAUGUAAAUAUUUCAAACUGUUUUGUUUUUUAAAAUUAAAGAAACUGCAACAGUCA